CAUUUUCUCUUUUUUUCCGCAAUGACCUCUAAUUCGUCCAAUAAAAUUUUCCAAUUAUCUUUGAAAAUUUUUGCAACCAGCUCUUCGUAAGUUAAAAUCCUGUACAACAUUAACAAAGGGCUAUUUUUUUUUUUUCUUUCUUUCUCAAUCUUUCUUUUCCAUCAUCUUUGUCAAUUAAAAUGGGCUCUCCUAGUAUUCUUACCAAUCCCAUGUUCAACAUGGGCUUCCUUUUGGUUUCUAUGCAAUUAGCUAAAAAGGUUGAUUGGAACGACCCCAAUGUUGUAACUUAUGCCAGAAUGGGUUAUUAUGGUGCCCAAGUGCUUGUUGUUAUAAUGGCAUACGGUUUGAUUACCCUUAUUAAGAAAAAGAAUGACACUACUGUCUUGACAUAUAAUGCUCCUCAAAGGCCCAGUAUGUCUGGUGAUUCAUCUGCUCCUCAAACCAUUACUACAACCGUUAGAGAUUAUGAUGUUGAACAAGUUAAACAAUUCAUUCAAUCUACCUUAACUUCUAUUGUCAUCAUCUCUGUGAUGCAUUUCCAAUUCAAGUUUACUCAACCUCUUUUAAUGCAAUCUAUUAUGCCUAUUAAAAACUUGUUGACUCAUAAGGAAUCUUUGAUCCAUCUUUGGGGUGAUGCUCCUGAAGGUAAUCUUGCUAGACCUUUUGUUGCCGAGAAUCCUCUUGGUGCUCUUACUAAUAUGUUUGGUGGCGGAAAUAAUAACGCUGCUGCUCCUGCUGCUAACACUACCACUGCUUCUACCAAUAAUGAACACUCUCAUCAAGAAUAAAUAAUACUCCAAAGUGUUUUUAUAAAAAAAAAGAAAAAGAAAAAAGAAAAAAUAAAUAUAUUAAUUUAGAUGUUUUAUUAAAAAAAUAGUUAUUGCAUUUUUAUCAGCC